GACUCUUACCGACAGUAAUACUGGAGGACGUGGUGGUAGUCAAAGAGGCAAAGCGGCAGUCCAAUUGGUGCCAGAACCUGACUUCUACGGCAUUGCAGGGCAAGAUCCCUCACAGGGUAAUGUUUCCUUGACUAAGGGAACUCGAGAAUCUGUGCACUAGGGUGAUCAUGGGCAAGGGAGACCUGAGGGGGAGACUGUUUCACUUGGAUUGCAUGUACGCAGAGCCAACACAAGCACCAGAACAACCUUUAGCCCUGACAUUGAAUUCUGACAGAUUAAGUGAGCUAUGGUUGUGGCAUAGGCGUUUGGGUCAUCCAUCUUUUGGAGUUAUGAAGAAGUCCAUGCCUUCAUUGUUUUUGGGAGUUAGUGAGUCUAGCCUGCAUUGUGAAACUUGUGCUUUGGCUAAGAGUCAUAGGUCUAGUUAUCCUUCGAGUUUUCAUUCUAGUACUAUGCCUUUUGAGUUAAUUCAUUCAGAUGUGUGGGGUCCUUCUAAACAUUCUACCCUUUCUGGAAUGCGAUAUUUUGUGUUAUUCAUUGAUGACUUUACUCGAUUAUCCUGGGUGGUUUUACUUAAGUCCAAAGAUUCUGUUUUCUCUGCUUUUACAGCAUUCCAUAAGCUUGUUCGUACUCAAUAUGAUGCUCAUGUUAAGGUCUUUCGUUCCGAUAAUGGGGGUGAGUUUGUCAAUCAUUCUUUUCAUGAAUAUUUCCAACACCAUGGCAUCAUACAUCAAACUUCAUGCUCACAGACACCUGAGCAAAAUGGGGUGUCUGAACGGAAAAAUCGUCAUCUUCUGGACAUGGCUCGGUCUCUUCUACUUAGUGCUAACAUGCCAAAGUAUCUUUGGGGAGAGGCCGUAUUGUGUGCUUCUCAUCUAAUCAAUCGUCUUCCGUCUGUCCCUCUUCAAGGUCGUGUCCCACUUGAGGUCCUGUCUAACUAUGUUUCUAUUCCAUCUUCUAAUACUCUUCCUGCUCGUGUCUUUGGUUGUAUUGCUUAUGUUCAUCUAUAUAAGAAUCAGAGGUCAAAGUUGGAUGCUAGAGCCCUUAAGUGUGUGUUUGUGGGGUAUAGUUCUCAUCAGAAAGGUUACAAAUGUUAUCAUCCUCAAUCCCAGAAGUUUUAUGUCACCAUGGAUGUUACGUUCAGUGAAGAUGCAUGUUAUUUUUUGCCUCCUGUGACUCCUUGUCAGGGGGAGAAGUCUUGUUAUUAUGAAGAUUUGUUUAGUGGGCAAGAUGGGAGACUAGCAUCCGAGUUCUCAAGGCUGGAGUGUUUUGGAACGGAACUUGAAAAAGAGGACAGCAGCCCACCGAAUCGAGAAGAGAAUUUGGGUGGAACGGAACUUGAAAAAGAGGACAGCAGCCCACCGAAUGGAGAAGAGAAUUUGGGUAGUCAGUUACUGACCAGUCUAUCGGAUCAGUCUGACCGGUUGGUUGAAGAGGAAGUUUCUGAUUAUGUUUCCGAUGAAAUUCCCGAUGUCACCAAUGCCGUUUUGAACAGUUCUUCUGUCUCUCCCUCUCCUUCAGUGGUCUCGCCUGCUCAAUCAUCACCCAAGGUAUGUUCUAAUCCUUCUUUAUCUAAUACUCCUUCUGUGUCAACUAGUGUUCCUUCUUCUGUGUCAGAUAUUGUUCCCACCAAAACUCUGCCUAGUCGUUCCACCCGUGGUCAACCCCCGAAGCACUAUGAACCUACUCUAAAUGCCAAAGCUAAAUACCCCGUUGCUAAUUAUGUGUCAACCCAUAGGCUGUCUAAACCGUAUGUAGCAUUUGUGAAUCAAUUAUCUUCUGUGUCUCUCCCUAGUAAAGUGCAGGAUGCAAUGAGGGAUGAGAAGUGGAUGCAAGCAAUGACAGUCGAAAUGGAUGCUCUUGAGAAGAAUUGUACGUGGGAGCUAGUAUCAUUACCACCCGGGAAGAAGACAGUUGGUUGUCGGUGGGUGUAUACUGUGAAACACAAUUUAGAUGGAUCGGUGGACAGGUACAAGGCAAGACUAGUGGCUAAAGGCUAUACUCAAAAGUAUGGAGUGGAUUAUGAUGAGACAUUUGCACCAGUGGCCAAAAUUAACACAAUUCGGGUACUUCUUUCGUUAGCUGCUAAUCUUGAUUGGCCUUUACAACAGUUCGAUGUUAAGAAUGCAUUCUUGCAUGGUGAUUUGCAUGAAGAGGUUUAUAUGGAUUUGCCUCCUGGAUAUGGUACUUCUACUGGAGAGCAGGUGGUGUGCAGAUUGAAAAAAUCUCUUUAUGGUUUGAAGCAGUCUCCCAGAGCUUGGUUUGGCAGGUUCACCAAGUUCAUGAAGAAAAUUGGCUACCGGCAAAGCAAUUCAGAUCACACCUUGUUCCUUAAACAUCGGUGUGGUAAAGUGACUGCCUUGAUUAUUUAUGUUGAUGACAUGGUUGUGACAGGUGAUGACUUUGAGGAGAUUCAAAGGUUACAAGAUCAGUUAUCUUUAGAAUUUGAGAUGAAAGAUUUGGGUAAUUUGAAAUAUUUCUUGGGAAUUGAAGUUGCUCGUGGGAAGGAUUGUAUUGUGUUGAGUCAGAGGAAGUAUGUUCUCGACUUGCUGGCAGAAACAGGUAUGCUUGACAGUCAACCUGUUGAUACUCCUAUUGAGCAAAACCAUCGGUUAGCAGAGUACUUUGAUCAAGUACCUACGAAUAAAGCAAGAUACCAGAGGUUAGUUGGCCGGUUGAUUUAUUUAUCCCACACUAGACCAGAUUUAGCCUAUGCUGUUAGUGUGGUGAGUCAGUUUAUGCAUAAUCCCAGUAAGACUCAUAUGGAUGCUGUAUUUCGUAUUUUGCGGUAUUUAAAGUCUGCUCCAGGGAAGGGAUUACUCUUUUCAAAACACAGUCACUUGGAUGUUUCCGGGUACACAGACGCGGACUGGGCAGGUAAUAUUACAGAUCGCAGGUCUACUUCGGGCUACUUCACAUUUGUGGGUGGUAACUUGGUUACUUGGAAGAGCAAGAAACAAAAGGUGGUAGCUCGUUCUAGUGCAGAAGCAGAGUAUAGAGGAAUGGCCCGAGGACUUUGUGAGUUGUUGUGGUUGAGAAAUUUGUUGAGGGAUUUGGGGUUCAGGCAGGAAAAGGCUAUGCAGCUUUAUUGUGAUAAUAAGGCUGCAAUUGAAAUUGCUCACAAUCCUGUUCAGCAUGAUCGCACGAAGCAUGUGGAGGUAGAUCGACACUUCAUUAAAGAGAAGCUGGAUGGACAGAUCAUUAUGUUUCCCUUCGUUCCUACUGAAGAACAGUUGGCGGAUAUUCUUACAAAGGCUCUCUCAAGUAAAGCCUUCUAUGACUCACUUGACAAGUUGGGCAUCCGUGAUCUGUAUGCACCAACUUGAGGGGGAGUGUUGGCGUGAGUCAUGCCAUGUAAUUAGGA